GUCCCAUGCGGUUACCACGGCGACGGCGUGCUCGGUCUGGUCUGAGGGUAUGAUCCGCUGCCACCUCUUCUUCACUUCAGGGCAACUUCAAGCGGAGGAACCCUCUUGAGAUGAAACAGGAACUGCACAUUUCUCCCUUUUUUAUUUAACAAACUACCAUGCAGAUCCAGCAAGAAGAUGAUCCGGCAGCGGAGAUGAGAGCUGACGGGCAGCUCUCAUCAGAGGAGGACAAAACUGGGUCACAGACUCGCAAGAUGACCCAAAGGAAACAUGUUGACGCCCUCCUGGACAUCAGUGAGGAGAUGUUCCUAAGAGACCAGGAGCCAUACGAGUAUCAUUGUUACUCUGCUUGGGAAGAUGCUGUCUGCGGUUGGCCCAGAGCUGCUCCUCUAAGCUGCAUCCUUAUAAGCCAGAAAAGCCCCAAGAAAACUAAGCAUAAGGAUGCUGAGGCUCCAAUCCCUUCUUCUGUUCACCAAACACCCUCUAGAGAAGAACGCUCAGCAGACAUGGCAGAUCUACGCGACAAAAGACUAAUUGACCUUCAGAAAACUGUUUUAAUAUACCCACGAAUUAAUUUUGGAAAUCAUUCUGGUGAAAGAACUCACCAAAUAGAUGCAACAAAAAGACUUUUUCUGAAUGCCCCACAGAGAAAUUUGAAUUAUUUCUUUGUCAAAAAAAAGCUAGAGGAGGAACGGAUCCUUCGAGAGGCAUGUUUCAGGCCUCACCAGUGGCCCUCCAAAUGCUUUGUCUUUGAGAAGAGGCUGGCUAAGCCUCGGCGGCACAACCAAAGACCCAAACAUACAGCUAUUCCAAUUAAAACCUUCACGUUUCUCCCAGCCAUCGAACCUGCACAUAUCAACCAUAACGUUCAAUGUCACGGAUGCAGAAAUUUGAAUGUACCAGAGAAACAUAAUUUUUAUGAGAAAAUGUUUGAUUUUGAUAGUAAGAAUGAAACACAAGUGGCAAGAAGAGACGCUAUUACUAAAUCUGAGGUUUACAAUGUAGCCUUGAUUUCCAAAGACAAGACAUGUCAACGAGAUCCUUCUUUAUUUUCUGCUAUAAGUGGUUCCUUCCCUAAGAAGUAUCAAGUACCCGUGUCUCAGUCCUGACAAAUGGCAGCAUGUGAUCUUUUGAAAGCCAGGAGUCUUCCACAAGCCCUUCACUGCAACACAAGUCUAUGAAAUAAAGUCUAUAUCUCCACUGGAUGUGGCAUCAUGUGAA